CUACGCGGUCCGCUACGCACGCGAUGUGCCGCUACGAAUGCUACGAACUGUCUACGAUCGAACUUUGCCAGAAUAAUAAUUCCAGUGAGUGAUUAUAAGUGAAUAAAUAAUUGUGUAAAAAUUCUGAGUGGUGUAAUAUAAUGUGCAAGUGUUAUGUUGUUUAUAAUGUUUCGUUCCCGUGAAAUUUGCCGCAGCCGGCGAUGACCUUUCCAUUUUACAGAUUAUGAAGGCCCGAGGCGGGCGCGGCCUCGUUCAGGCGCUAUGUGGAGAGUGGGCGUGUUGCUUCUCAUGCAGAUAGCUGUUUGUCAAUUUACUACAGACAACCUCACAUCAACUGAAGAAGACCACACCGUAACACCGUACUACGCACUCAGCACUGGCAUAGUGCCGGCACCGGUGAUGCUGCGCCUCGGAAACUCCACCAUCGACAGCACCAAGUCCUUCAAAGUACCACAAGAACCUCAACCAUCUCAACCGCCAGACACAUCAACCGCUCAACCGCAUCAACCUCGUCAACUUAAUGCCAACAUCGACAUGGUGCCUCAUGUGAUAUCAGUAAAGAACACAUAUUUUGACCAUGACAGAAGAUACGGUCCUACUUUUGAGGAUACGACGGAUGGGAAUUUAACUAAAAUAACUGUACAAUUAGGGGAAGAUGCUCAUUUAAAUUGUCGGAUUAGUUUACUACAAGAUAAAACGGUAUCCUGGGUACGUCGCAGAGGUAGAGUGGACAUCCCAGAACUAUUAACCGUGGGCGCGGUGACGUACGCUGCCGACAACAGAGUGUCCGUCGCGAAGCGGUACCCGGGCAACUGGAAGCUGCUCAUCAGGGAGGUGAAGCCUGAUGACGAGGGAGUAUACGAGUGCCAGAUAUCAACACAUCCGCCUAGAGUUAGCAGAACUUAUCUACAUGUGAACACGCCACAAGUAUGGGUGGUGGACGAGGUCGGCGGGCCGCUGCAGGAGAAGUACUACGAGGCGGAGUCGACGCUGGCGUUAGUAUGCCGCGCACGCCACGUCGACACGCCGGCCGUGCUCACCUGGUUACACGAGGGCCGCGCCCUCAACGCCGACACCACCCGCGGGGGGAUCAGUGUAAAAACAGAGCAAGUUCCUGGCGGCGCUGACAGCGUGCUCCGGCUGGCACGUGUGAACAGCAGCGACGCGGGCAACUACACGUGCGCCGUGCGCGGAGCACGGCCCCACACCGUGUCUGUUCACGUGCUCAACGAAAGCCUGGCCGAGCUUCACGCCAGUGCAAAAUCAGUUCACCCCUCGCUACGAACGAUAGUAACGUUAUUUAUUAUAACUCUACUUUUCUCGCAGCCGGUAUUAUCCGCCGCGAUCUCGCUCGCGGGCAUAACUCUUAGCUCUAGGGCCCAAGGUCAAUCGAAAGAACGUUAUAAUUGUAAUAUGUUGUUGCCUACGUGAUAACGUGUAAAUAUUUUGAAG